UCUCCGAAGACCCAUCCGCGUGAACCCGCGAUCGUGACUCACUCGUACGAACAUGUAAAGCGGCGCGGCGGUUCCAGGCGGACACAGUUGAGGUUCGACUACGGCAAGCGUCAACAUCGUGUGCCGGCGCUUGCUUGGCCCUUGUCAGCCUCGUAAAACACCUGCAGCUCCGAGACGAGAGACGAGAUAGAUUGUCUCCGGAACCUCCGUUGAAGCCCCUAGGAAUCGUGCGAGCGUCGUGAACAUGACUUGCUGUACCCUGCGGUGUGUCAUCAAGUGCGGCAUCUUCCUGGCCGCCUUGGACAUCAUCCACGCCGUCACGAGUUUUGGUUUCUAUGGCUACCAGUACAUUAUCGAGAUGUGGUACUUGUGCCCGAUCGACCUCGCGGUGGAGAAAUGCCACAAUAAGAUCUAUAUCUUCGAGCAGAUGUUCGAGAUGCGGUGUUACAUCGGCGUCGGGGAGGGCAUCGCGGGUAUCUUCUGCUGCGCCAUCUAUAUCCUCGCGUUAGUCAAGCGCAAGCCCUCCCUCACCUGGCUGUGGCUCAUCAAGUCCUUCGCUGUCAUCGGCGUCAACAUCUACUACCUGAGCAACUGGGUCAUCAGACAGGGCCGCUACGAUCACCUGGAGUGGGAGAAGCAGACGUACGAGGACGAGUUCAUCUGGGCAGCCGAAGGCCUUACCCUAGCGCAGAUUCUCAUCAUGCUGUUCUAUUGCCUCAUCGGCGGCCUCUUCACCUACAAGGUGGUGGAGGAGAAGCGCGCCAGCCGCAGGAGCCUCCGGUCGCGCCGCAAGUGGAACUCGCACGACGCGACGGCGCCCCCGAUGGGCUACGACGACGAGGAGGCGCAGUACCUGAACCAGGCCCUGACCAACAGCGAGAAGACCCUGCCCGUGCGAGCCUCCAAGCAGAGUCUGGCCGCCGCCUCCCAGCACAGCAUGACGGAGCUGGACCGCCCCGACUCCUACAAGCACUCGACGGGGGUCUAGACGCGCCGGCGGAUGAGGGCGCGGCGGAUGAGCCGCAGGCUUUUUUUCAUUAUAUUUUGAUACUUGUUCUCCCCGCAUUUCUCUCUCUCUUACUUUCUUACGUCGAGAGCUAGUUGAUUUCCGCUCGUCGCCAGCUAGCUAAUAUUUGAAUCAAAUGUUCGAUCUAGUCGGCGGAAGUAUUUUUUUCUUUUUUUUACGUGUGAGUCAUGGCUACUCUUCCUUGCAUGCUUCGUGGCUUCUGACAUCUGACUGAGGCUUCUUUGUUUCGUUCUCUUUUCAUUUUAUUUUAGCUCAUAUUUUGAAGAAAUAAGAAGGAAAGGAGAGAAGAAGAAAAAAAUGGUUGAUCUUUGAAAACGGAUCUCUUAGUCUUGAGGCGAACGUAUGCUCUUGUCAGAUUUUGAAAUAAGAAUAUUUCGAAAGCGGAAGUGAACGACAAAUGGCCGACUUUUCGUGCCGGGAAAUAAAUCUCAGUCGUGGCUUCUUAUUUUACUGAAGGAAUAGGAAGAGAAAGAAAUUAAUUUAGUUUUACCGGAAGGGAAUUUUCGGCCCGAAACAGAUGCUCUGAGACUUUGCUGAAAUAUUUUCACGUUUUCUUUUAAAAAGUUUAUUGAUUUCCAAAAGGUGUUGACAUACAAAUGUAGACUUUAGUGAUGUGUCAUUAGGACGAUGACGCAGGCGCACUUAUCCGCUCUAAAGGAUAAUCAUCUGAAAGUGAUGUAAAAAAGUAUAUUUUCAUAUUUCCAGCGUGAUUAUUUGGUUUCUUUGUUUUAUUAUUACUUUACUAAUAUUGCUGUUAUAAUUUUCAUUAUUGUCACUGUUAUUAUUAUUAUUAUUAUUAUUAUUAUUUUUUUUUUUUUUAUUAUUAUUAUUGUCAUCAUUACUAUUAUUAUUUCUACCACUAUAUUUUUUUCGCAAAAGGUGUGACCUUCGCUAGGAGUGCCAAAGACAGAGUGGCUCGCAAGGUGCAGCCAAGGAGUAAAGAUAACUGCUAAUUUUUUGAGGGGUCGGUGCUGCCAUCUGUUGGGCAGCAAGACAAGUGUGAUGUCAUGUGUAUUGUAUGUUUAGUGCUGGUAUUUAUACUUGAUUGCUUAAAGAAUUCUGCAAAUGACUGCAUUACUUCUGUUGCAUCGUUUGAAGCAGGUUCAAUCUGCCAAAAAGAAACUGUUUAAGAGAAACCCUCAAUUUGAAGACGAAAAAAAAAAAAAAAAAUUAACUGUGAACUGUUUUGAUGAUAAGAUUUGCGGUGUACAGACUCUAGCUCGUUAUGUAUAUAUGAUGCUCUUCAGCAGUUAAGGUUAUAAUCAUCCAUUAAUUCACGUGAUCAUCGACCUUCCCGUCCCAUGCCAUCCCGCGCGCGCGACUCUGCCUGUGCGGGUCCUCUGUAUCAUCUCUACAUUAUUUUCAAUAAAAUGUAGAAAAUUG